AUGGAAAUACACAAUGAUAUGGGUUACAGAGUGUAUGUAGAACUGAAAAAAGAGAACAGAGAAUUUGGGAUGUAUCCUUUGUGCAUAACAACUAUCGAAAAAGAGCUUAUAUACGGAGGUAGUUUAAAUCAAGGCGACAUUAUGCAAAUAGACGAAGCAUUUCAAAGGAACGGUUCCGAUACAGAUGAUACACUGGCUAUAGAAUUUGUCAAUUUAGGAGAAGCGAUUGGAGUGUUCGAACUCCACAAGGAUUUGAUAAUUUCAAAAACUAUUCAAAAGGAGGUUAUGGAUGGACAAGUUUAUAAGGAUAAGGCUACAUUGAAAGAGGUAAUGGAGAAUUAUGCUAUAGCUCAAAGGUUUCAAUUCCGGGUUGAUCGGUCUAAUGCUGUCAGCUAUGCAUUAUUAUGUAUUUCAGAAGAUUGUGAAUGGAGGUUUAAGGCUUCAAGCAUUAACAAAUCAGAACUAUUCAAGGUGAGAGAAUUCAAUGAUAACCAUACAUGUCCGCUGAAGGACAAGGUGUACGAGCAGCGGCAGGCUAGUAGCAGCCUUAUAGGUGGAAUUAUAAGGCCAAAGCUUACAAACCAUAAGAGGAAAUACACUACGAGGGAUAUUAUUGAUGAUGUGAAAUCAGAUUUAGGUGUAGAUGUUAGCUACAUGUUGGCGUGGAGGGCUAAAGAAAAGGCAAUGAAUUUUCUGAGAGGUGAACCGAUUGAUUCGUACAAAAAAUUACCAGGAUACUUAUAUACAAUGGAUAUGACAUAUCCAGGUUCCCACAUCAGAAUGACCAAUUGUGUUGUGGAUGGAAGUCACCUAAAAUCUUACUACACCGGGACAUUCGUUUCGGCAAGCACGUUGGAUGGUGCAGGUCAUAUAUUGCCACUAGCAUAUGGUGUUAUUGAUUCAGAGAACGAUGCUGCUUGGACGUGGUUCUUUGAGCAAUUCAAGAUAGCAUACGGUGUAAGGGAAAACAUGAGCAUCGUUUCACAUAGAAAUGAGAGUACCAUUAAAUCUGUAUCGAGAGUGUAUCCAGAUGUACCGCAUUUUGCUUGUAUAUGGCAUCUAUGGAACAACGUAUAUAAGAAAUUCAAAAAGAGCCAUGCCAAGUUGAGCGAGAUAUACUUCUCGAUGGCAAAAGCAUACACACAAGCUAAAUUUGACAGUCUGAUGGAGAAGGUGGAGAAGGUAGAUAGUAGGGUGAAAGAAUACUUAGAGUUAGCUGGUUACGAAAAGUGGGCUAGGUUGUAUGCACCUGUUAACAGGGGAUGGACAAUGACGUCAAAUAUUGCUGAGUCAAUCAAUGGCGCACUAGUUUCAGCAAGGGAAUUGCCAAUAUACGACUUCCUCGAAAGGAAGAUGUUUGGACGUUGGAAUUGUAGUAACAGCAAAGAAGCUACACAGACAUACAAGACGCUUGGGAAAAAAUACCAGGAGAUGCUGGAGUUGAAUGAGACAAUGUGUACACUGGUACCAUCAACUGAAUACUUACAUACGGUUAACGAUGGUGGGAGGAAUUACACAGUUUGCCUGUUAGAGAGAAAAUGUGUUUGUGGGAGGUUCCAAAUUGAUGAAUUGCCAUGCCCACAUGCUUGGGAUGUAUGGAAGAGCAAGUUUCUAAUGCCAGAAGAAUAUUGCUCUAACUAUUACAAACCAAGUACAAUUGUAAUGACAUACGAUGUGCCAGUGUACCCGCUACCGGACAAAAAUGACUGGAAUAUACCAGAACAUGUUGCACAGGAGGUUGUACUACCACCCAAAUGGAAAAGACCUCCUGGAAGGCCAAAGAAGAAGCGCGAUAAAACUUUAAGUGAAUUGCUGCAUCCGAAAAAUCAACAUUCAUGUAGCAUAUGUGGGCAGGGAGGACAUAACAAGCGAACGUGUAGAAAUGCUCCACGUAAUAAAUAG